AUGGCAUCUAAGAUGAUUCGUUUCCUUAUCGCUGUGGCUGCUGUCGUUCUUCCAGUCAUCGUGGAGGCGCAGCAGGACAUUCCCUACCAAGGCUCACCCGUUGCUACGUGUUGCUCUGCCCUGGCAACUCAGUUCCCCAAUGCGACCUUUGCGCGGGAUGACUCAACCUCCUCUGCCUACUACCUUGAAAAAACAGCGUUCUGGUCUGCUACCGCUUGGCUCAGCCCAUCCUGUGUCUUCCUCCCUAGUAGCACCACCGAGGUGUCGACAGCUGUCUCUCUUUUCAACGAUCAUGACUGCCCCUUCGCCAUCCGCGGCGGCGGACACAGCGCAAAUCGAGGGGCCGCCAACAUCGACAACGGCAUCCUUGUCAGCAUGCGCAACAUCCGAGACGUAGCCUUCUCCGCCGACAACACAACUGUCACUACAGGCAUGGGAAACACCUGGUCCCAGCUCUACGCCAUCAUUGAGCCUCUGGGCUAUAUGGUGGUUGGCGGCCGCUUUGCUACCGUCGGGACUGGCCUAGCUCUGGGUGCUGGCUUCUCUUACUUCAUCAACGAUAAGGGUCUGGCUGUCGACAACGUGGUCGGUCAUCGUGUGGUGCUCGCGAACGGGACCGUCGUCGAGACAAGUAAGCAGGCGUAUGCAGACCUCUUUUGGGCACUCAAGGGUGGCUCCAAUAACUUUGGCGUUGUCACCCACAUUACUCUUGAGACAAUCCCGACAGCUGGCAUAUACGGCGGCAGGGUCACAUAUCCUGAAGACCAGCUGGCAUCUUUACAGAAGCUUACGUACCAGUAUCAGGUCGACACCUCUGUUACCAACAGAGAUGUACAUGUCCUGCCAACCUAUGUCUACGAUGGUGCCUCCAAUACCACCUUUGGCUUUUCGCCCAUUGUCUACACCAAGCCCGCCAGUGCCCUACCACCGUCGCUGCAGCCCUGGCUUGACAUCCCCCAUUCCAAUUCGACCAUCAAAAACAGGUCGUAUUAUGACUUAUCAUCGGAGCUGGUCGCCGGAUUUCCAGAUGGGCUUGUACAAGUCCACUACACCUUUACCGUUUACCCCUCCGAGGCCUAUCUGGCGUACAUACUGGCAAAGUUCUCUGAAUUCUGCUCCAGCUUCGCUCAUAUUCAGGGUUUGGCCGGACUCCACACUGUCAUGCCAAUUCCGCCGCGAGCUAUUAACAAGGCUGGCAAGACCAAUCCCUUGGGUCUGGACAGGGCCAAACCAGGGAAGAGUCUAUCUGUCUUCUAUAUCGGCCUACAGUUUGAUCUUGAGAGUGACGUCGGAAAGGUCUUUCCGGCUUGGGGCGUGUUUAUUCGCACGCUCCAAGCGGAAGCCAAAUUACAGAACGUCCUGUUCCCUUACAUGUACGGAAGCGGCACCGGCUUGGCCCUCAUGCUAACAUACGCAGAUGGCAGCCAGCAGGUAAUUGCGUCGUAUGGCGAUAAAAACGUAGAGCGCUUGCAGACUAUUCAGCGCAAGUACGAUCCGACUCUGGUCUUCCAAAGGCUCGUCACUGGUGGACACAAGGUUCCCCUGUAUCCGUUCUUUUGA